AUGGAUGUUGCUCGGUACAAACUUCAUAACACUAGGAAAACAUUUGAGCUUACUUAUUUCUGGUGGAACCAUAAUAGCAUUUUUGAUCCAGACGGUGAUGUUGAUGCAUUUGAUAGCAAGCUCAGAGCUGAGGGUCGCUACUGGUCUGCAAAAUAUGCCGCUAUGGAGCGUCAUAAGAACUUGAAGCAAACUCGAAUGUUUUCUCAUGCAAGGCCCCAGUUGAAAGAUUCUGUUGAUUUUAUCCCUUUGAUUGAUGAAGGAUCUGGAGGUGAAUCAGUUUCAGGAGCUACUGUAGUGGAGGAAUCAUGGGAAGAUGAAAUAUUUUGCAAGACAAAGGAGUUCAACAAGAUGACAAGAGAACGACCACAUGAUGAGAAAAUUUGGUUGGACUUUGCUGAUUUUCUUCAAAUACUUGAAAAGAAGAUUAGUAUUCUGGAGAAGGCUACUGAACUUAAUCCAGACAGUGAAGACCUGCUUCUCUCUCUUAUGAAUGCUUACCAGAGCAGAGAUAGUAUAGAUGGUGAAUUUUCAAGAUUCAAGGUGUCUGAAAUGAGAAAAAUUUAUGCAAAUGCAAUACAAGCUUUAUCUGGUGCAUGCAGUAAGCAGCAUAGGCAGGUCUGCCAAGGUGCUAUGCCAGUUUCUCUUGAUCCAGCUAUUGUAAAACUAGAAGUUGGUUUAGUUGAUAUAUUUAUGUCUCUCUGUCGGUUUGAGUGGCAAGCGGGGUACAAAGAGUUGGCUACUGCCCUGUUUCAAGCAGAGAUUGAAUAUAGCUUGUUCUCCCCUUUUCUUCUUAGCAAAAACAGUAAACGAAGACUUUUGAACAUUUUUGGAGUAGCAAUGGUGCUAGAGUUGGGGAAGAUGGAGCACUUGGCUGGUCAACGUGGUUAG